CCUUUGCUUGAAUGGUGAAAUCUUUGGAAAAGAGAAUUCGAAAGAUAACAGCUUCUGAUAUUUCACUCCCUAUCAAUGUGUUUCACGUAGAAGCAUAACGAAUUUCAAUUGAGAGUGCAAGGUUGUAAGGAAUUGCCAAGGAGAAAGUGAUGUGCCUCCGAAAAGCAGAAGUGGAUACAAAUUGACUUAAUAUAAACUCACACGAAAAUCCCCGCAGGAGAUAACUCUUCAUUAGUAAAACACAAAUACGGAUAUUAACUACAACAAAGGACUGCAAAAUCCAGGAGACUAAAGACACGCAAACAAAGGCAAGCGAUAAAGAGAACAAACAAUCAGAUUCAAAGUCAGCAAAUUUAUUCCUCAAGCCGCAUUCUUCCGUGAUGUGAUAAAUAAAAUGCCGUUGAGGUCAAUUAGGUGAAAGAAAACUGGUGAAACCUAGCAAAUACAGCACUCGAUGGUAAUAGGCAUAAAUCGAGCGAUAGCACCCCAAGUGGCAAGUAUAGCGAUGCCAACAGAAGAUCAGAGGCCGAAUAAUUUAGCAAAAAUGUCGCACACAUUUCACCCAAAACAAAAAGCAAUAACAACAGUGAUACCUACCAGCACAACUUGUAACGGUAAAUACGACUACCAACCACAUCGACAGCGAAAUAGUAUCGCGCAUAAUAGAAAACACGCUCCACAGCGUCAACGAGCCUCCCGCGGCACAUGUCCCACCCACAAGAGUUAUGUGUUCAGCAACAGUGCACAAGUCAGGAUGCUAUGGAUGCCACAGUUACUCACAGUGGCAGCAUUCUUGAUGUGUCACAGCGUGGCAAUUGUUAACGCAACAGCAGUGCAAACACCACACCCUCUCAUCAGGGGAGUAUUCAACACUCACUCCGAUACAGCCGGUCACAGAGCUAUGCGAGCGGCGAAAUAUAGUCAACCGUUAACCGUUGAGGGGGGAAUGUACAGUGCAGAUAACAAUAGCUUCCUGCCGAUUAUCCCCAAGGACACUAGUCCAGAAUAUAUUGCACAAAAUGUGUUUACGAAAGGAGGUCAGUAUCGCGUGUUUGAGCCCACAGAUAGCGACCUGCGCACCCAAAUGACAAUGGGUCAGAAGGUAAACAGUGUCGAUGGCGUGGAGGUGAACGCCAACGCACUAAUAGCACAGCACAAUAUCAGCAUAGUGGGCGAUAUCAGUAGUGCUACGGAUGACAAUAUAAAAAUUACAGCCGAAGGAGCAAUGGUGACAAAGAUGAAGGAACAAAUGAAUUUCAAGCAAGAGACUGAGAGGGAAGCAACGCUCAGCGUAAGUGCUGGCAAAAACGAAAGGCCACUAAAGCAAACGGAGCACGCACUUGACAAAGUGGGUGCAUCAACUAACAUCGGAGCAACAGCAACAGUUUUGGGACCCAAAAGCAAAGCAUUGCCGAAAUCUUUUAAUGUUGGGCAGCUGGCUUUAGAAGAAAGAAAGGUAGGAAGUGGCCACAAAGAAAAUGUCAAACCGCAUCCGGCAACAAUAACAGACUUUGGGGAUGUCUCUCAAAAUACAGUCGGUGGUGAUAUACAAGAGCUGGAAGCCUUGUUGGUUGAAUAUGCGGAGAAUUUCUUCAACAAAGCCCAAUAUGAGCCUUCUAGUGAGCUGGUAAAUGCGUUACAACAAAAUCACACGAUGGUCGGUGGCCCGCACAAAGAGCGUCCGACACGGCAUGCCGAUGCCAACCCACACCAUCACCAUCACCAUCACAACCACCUGCACCACCGCCAACAUUCUUUGCCAGCUGUUGUACGUAAGCCAGAUGGCAAUGUGAGUGUAAAUAUUCCGCGUGCCUUGGAAUCGGGAAGGCUGCUCUUCUUUUCAGGUUUGAAAAAGGCAUUAUGGCCAGUGUAUAUCGGCUUGCAGGUGCUGAAAUCGCUGCUAUUGGCUUUGUUUAUGCCGGUAUUGAUUGGCUCAUUCAGCAAAUUCCUGGGCAAGGCAAUGACAACACGAACAGAAACUCACCUAAGGCAUACUUGGCCCGCGCUGUUGCUAAUUUCGGCCUGCUGUGUUGCGCUUGCGGCCGGUCAGGGACUGCGUUUGCCCGAUCAGCAACCUCAACAACAACAGCAACAACCUCAACAACAGCAAAAUAUUCAACAGAUUUUCGCUCCACAGCCACAACAAUUACAUCCACAACAGCAACAGCAACAGCAACAGCAACCACAGCAGCAGCAACAAUCGCCUGCUGUGAGUUAUGGACAGGAGCGCGGUUUGGGCUCAGCUUUCCUGAGUUUAAUUGGCCUGCAGCAGGAUAACGACCCCUAUUUGGCGCGCACAAACCAAAAUUGCGUGAGCGGCGAUUUAUCCGAGUGCUUCAAGACACAAGCGCUCGGCAGCUUCGAUGAAAUUUUCUAUCGCGACCAAUAUGCCUUGUCUGAUUUCGCCCGCGUCAUUCGUUUGCCUGAAACGCAGCAACGGUCACUCUUGCAGGAGCCUUUCGAGUACUCUCAGGAACCGCGCAACGAGGAUAGCGAUUGGGACCAAUUGGUAAAAUACGCACUGAGACGUGCCGAACGCUUUGUCAAGUCCACAGCAUUGGAAGUCGACGUUCCUGAGGAACUCACCGAGGCGGGACGCUAUUCUGCACGUUUCAUUGGUAACGACAUUGACAGUGAAUUGGACAUCAUUGAGGAUAAGCAUGCGCCCGUCUUCAGUAAGUCGCGCUCCAAAACAUCUCGCAAGAAGUUGAAGAAGAUGAUCAUCCCAUUGUUGUUGGUAUUGAAAAUUUUCAAGCUGAAAUUGUUGCUCUUCUUGCCCUUCAUCCUCGGCAUUGCUGGUUUGAAGAAGAUACUUGGCUUGGCUGCUAUCAUACUACCCGGUUUGUUCGCUUACUUCAAACUGUGUCGUCCACAAGGUGGUCCCGGUUUUGGCGGUGGCGCCUUCUCUGGUCUCUUUGGCAGCAAAAAUACAUUCCCCGAGUACUCACCACAAGGUGUGGGUUCAGCCACUUACUACCAUCAUCAUGAUCACUACGAGGGCGCAGGCGCUGGACAUGGUCAAUUCUAUCGCCAGGAUCCUGCCUUUUCGAAGCCAUACACAGAUUACUACAGCAAAAAUUACCAAACUGUUGGCAACGGCGGUAAUUCUGUAAGUUUUGGUGAUGCUCACGAAGCCGCUUACUCGGGGUAUUAUGGCCGCAACACUGGCAAGGAUAUACAGAGCGAGCAGAAGAGUUAGAGCGCGACGAAACCUGGCCGAGCGCCGCCAUAUUCCCUUUGCCAUCCCAGUGGCACGACUCUUUGAAGUUGUGCUCGCGUUUUUGUUUUCUUCUAAGAGUUGAGUUUUUGUUGUUUUCAUUGAUUUUGUUAUAUGCUAGUGCGUGUUUUCACCGACCGUUGAAUUGUAAAUAUUUUAGUUGCUCAAUCACUAUUUAGCUUUAGUGUUGGGCUCUCAUCCAAUGUCCUAGCU